AUGGCUGCAGCAGCCGCUAGAGGCUGGGAAGAGACCACCGCGCCGCAUAUGAAUAAGUACGCCAUGUUCGCUCCCGGUACCGACCGCACCAUCAGCAAGGAAGAAUGGCGCCGCCAGCAGGCGACGCUGAUUAAAGCCAUCGACCCGGAAUUUUCGGGUAGCCUCGUGUGCCCUGUUACCGUCCGCAACUGGCGGAAACUCGAGGAGAGCGCCGCGUCGUCAACUGCCGACAACGCGGCGGCAGACCUGUCGGAUUUUAACGGCAUGGCGGCUGCUACGGAAACGACAGCGGCGGCGGAUAAACUGGCGCCUCCGCCGAGUGCGGAGGGUGUAUCAUCAGGCUAUUACCCGCGUUCUGUUGCUUCCUCGACCCCCACGUCCUCGGUCUCCACCUUCGCCGAUUCAUCCGCGUCUGGCGCAUCAAGCGCGUCGCUUUCCCCCAGUCCGCCUCCCCCGGGUGCGCUCGACGUUCCCCCUUCCCCCAGUGCCGCCACCGCACCCGCCACCGCACCCGCCACCGCACCCGCCGCCGCACCCGCCGCCCCCGGUAGUACCGGCACGUCGGCCGCCAGCUCCCCCGCCAACUCGGGGAAGCUCCCGCGCGCCCGCAUGUCGCUCGCGCAGCAGAUUCGCGAGCAGCAGAUGAACUCGGGCAGAUUCAAACCCUUCGCUUCGGGCAGAUUUCCCGAAGGGAUGUCGGGUAGUGGGCGGUUCCCCAUGUCGCCCCUGGAACCGAAUUCGGGUCCCAACUCAGGAAGGUUCUCCGCAGUUUCGCCUUCUUCCAGCCAAGGCAACUCGGGCGCGUUCCCCAGCCCCGCCGGGCACUACGCGACGAGAUCGAUGGGCGCGGACGGGGGCAGCGCAAGUGGACCGCUUGCGAUGAAGCAGCCGGCGGCGCUUUGGCGACAGGGCAGCGACGGGCAUCGCAUGGGCGGUGCGACGAUGGAGCAGAGUCGCAUGGCGGGUGCGACGAUCAAUACCAUGCAGCCGGGCCAGCAGGCUCCGCCGAUGGGUUUCUGCAUGGGCGCGCAAAUGAUGGGCGCGCAAAUGAUGGGCGCGCAAAUGAUGGGCGCGCAAAUGAUGGGCGGGCCCCCUGCGACGAGCCCUCCUGCGAUUGGUCCGUCGCAGAGCAAUAAUCAGUCGCCGCGCGAUAUGAUUCUUCUCCGCCCGAAUAAGUGGAGCGGCGCCAACGUCGCCGAUGCUCCCCUCGUCCCGACCUUUGGCUCGUCCGCCUUUUCCGAUACUGCAUCGCAAUGCUCAAGCCACGAUUCUUUCGCCUCGACCCCUCAGCUCUCUCGGCCCGUUCCGUCCUUCGCCUCGCGCCCGCCCAACACGGGCAGCUGGGAUGGCGGCAAUGCGGAUGACGAGGAGGAAAAAGAGCUCGAUUUCUCCUCAGUCCGCUCCGUAUGCCUCAAUUUCGAGGAGGUCUUAGAAAUCGCCGAGACGAAGGAGUUUAACCGAGUGCGAAUCGAGACCAUUGAUAUUGUCCCGUUGAUUUCCGGGAUGAAAAGCCCCUUCAUGGCUGCAGCUGCCGCGAACCUUCCCGAGCACGUGCUGUUCGCUCUGACGUUUUCCGGCAAAACAACAACAACACAAACCAUGGCGUCGAGCGGAAGCUUCUGGACGACCGCGCGAAUGUUUGUGCCGUCUGCGCUGGAGACGCCUCGCGAUCGGGACCAACGCGUGUUCGUCGCUUCGCCCGUGGAAUCCGUCGCGCAGCAUAGCGCCGAGCAUAAAGCGAAGGUUCAAGAGUGCAUCAAUGCCGGCGUGCGGGUGGGGUUUUAUAAUGCUGCGUGGGCAGCCGCGCUUACAACGCCCCCAACAAUCAUAAUAUGCCGAACCAUGCCGUGGGCCAAGAAGAAUCUCAACCACACAGCACAGGCUCUUAUCAUCAGCUCAGCCGCCAUUGCCGCGUAUUUCAUCACAUCGGAGCACACUAUAAUGGAGUGCACACACCGCAACUCUAUGGAUGCAAUUCAGGCCAAGAGGAAAGCCAAUGCUGAAGCUGCUGGAUCGCAAUAG